AGCUCGCCAUGCUAACAAGCAGUGCAAUCCUUCGUGCAGAUGCGCUUUGUCUUUUUAAUCCUGGGGCCCCUCACCCCUCCUUCGUUGUAAAUAUCCGAUCAUCAUCCCCUCAUGUUCACAAUGGCAACCUUAAGCGCCGAUGGUACUUCGCCUAUCCAACCUCCGGCAGUAAAACUGAGAGGAAGCUGUCAGGCAUGUGCGCAGUCCAAGCUCAAGUGCAGUCAGGACAAACCAACUUGUGCACGGUGCGCCAAAAGAGGUACAACAUGCCAGUAUCUAGUCAGCAAGCGCGCUGGCCGCAAACAGGGCAGUAGGACAAGCAGCCUCAAGACUCUUUCAAAAGAGUACCAACCUACGUCUGUUGAGGAAAGUGAUGGUCAAAAUGGGCUCCUGGAUGCGUCCACACAUUUAAUGCAGUACGCUCUUCAACAAGAUCGAAGCCUCGAUGCGUGUCGGGAAGGUUUUCACCAUCAGCGUACGCCGAGUUAUCCAGAGAGCAUCCCGAGCCUCCUCUCAUCUGCUGGCCCUGCAACCUCAGCUACAACUCCUCUUACAUUUGGACACACCGAGUUUGACGGCUUUCUUGCUUCACCGGUGUCCUUGUCGUUUCUCGAUGCACCCGAUGUGGACUAUUUUUCCGGAGCCAAGGUCAAUUUCAGAGAUCUCGAUGGAAUUCCUGAGCCUUCUUCGUUCUUCUCAUCCAGCGACCCAAUACCGAUGCUUGACGACAACAUUAUCGAGUCCCCUUUUGUGGCGAAUUCUCCGGGUCCGCAGACUAAUCUGCCUUGCUCACCUCCGCUACCGGAGAUAUCUACUCUCGGGGAUCCACCGCAAUGCUUCUGUUUUGCUCGUUCAUUAUCGUUGCUCCGGGAGCUCUUCCCACACCCUUCGUUGAAUUGCAGAGCUACAAGCACCGACAAGAGUUGUUUCAGCCCUCCAACAAUCCAACAAGUUAUCGCUCAAAAUGAGCAAACCAUACAAGAUAUCAAUCGAAUUCUUCAGUGCCCUUGCUCUCAGGAUGGCUAUACUCUCACUAUUCUUGCCCUCACCGUCUUCAAGAUUCUGGCGUGGUAUAGUGCAAUAGCGUUGGAUUCGCCCAUACCCGGUGACAGUCAGUCAUUUACAGAACAGGUCGACAGAGCACCAGCUAUAAUCAGGGGCUACCACCUUGAAGGCGAAGACAGGGACCGCAUGGCCGCACAGCUUGUUUUGAGCGAGCUACAUCCCGUGCAAAGACUAGUGAAUACACUUUACCAACGGCUGAAAGACAAGGUAUCGCAGGGCAGACUGCUCACUGGACCGAACAUAAUUCCUGUGGGAGCUAAUGGGCACGAAUCCAGCGUACCCCUGCACUUCCUCGACAAGCUAGCUGUGGAUCUCGGAACUCGGCUACGCGGGUUGUCCAGUGAGAUUUUUGAGCAAUUACGGCGAGGCUGGUGAUUGACAAACAAUUGAGGCUUCGGAUUCCAUACUCUAUACCCUACAGUGGACUUGCAUAGUUAGCGGAUGGUAGGCGCGUCCUCGAUGUGAUAAAAUGUGAUAUAUUAGUGGCCGGAGCCUUUGAGGUACAGCUAACAAAAGUACCUGCAACCUCUACUUAGCCCGUAGCCUUCUGAAUGGAGAGGCGGGAUUCAGUUCACACCGAGAAUUCCAAACUGGUCUGAACAGCUCUGGCCUCCAUCGUGCCGCGUUUUCAUCCCCGAACAAGUCCUCCCAGUCUCCCAGCCAUCAGCGGCUGCAGUCAAUAGUCAGGCUCGAUGGCAGCCUUGUUCUCUGUCCAUCUUCCCGUCUUCAAUGAAACGUCCCCGAUCAAUUGGAAAUUUCCAUUCCAAGCCACUGACUGAACUAUGCGGAGUUAUUUCCUUCAGUUCCAUUGGUGAAUUUUGAUCCCCGAAGCCCUCUUCC